GUCUGAACUAAACACUCAGAAUAACGAUGUUACUCCUCUUAGUUUUCUUCAGUAUCACUGAUAUUGAGGCUGCCGACAACAGCAUUAAAUCAGACCAAACUAAUGUAUUUUCAACUGAAGGCAGCAACACCACACUGUCCUGCACAUAUACUGGAUAUACUGGAACAGAUAACAGACUCCACUGGUAUCGACAAAAACCUGGAUCAAGACCUGAGUUUCUGCUGCUGAUUCUUGAAAGCAGUGGAAGUGUCAUACACACUCAACCCCCUCAUCCACGACUGUCCAUCAAACUUGAUAAAACGAGUAAGAAAGUGGAUCUGCUCAUCUCCUCUGCUGCAGUGACAGACUCUGCACUGUACCAAUAUACUUUCUUCCCAAUGACAGGUGACUCCAUGGCAGAUACAAUACAGCCACUUGUCACUCACACUGUUAAAAAUGAAGGUAAUGAAGUUACUCUGUCCUGCAGCUACAAAGGCUUCAGUGGUUCUGUAUAUAGUCUGCACUGUGGAUCUCUAAGUCCCAACACCUCUCCACGAAUAUCUGCUAAACUUAAUAAAGAUAAGAAACAAGUGGAUCUGCUCAUCUCCUCUGCUGCUGUAUCAGACUCUGCACUAUACUACUGUGCUCUGCAGCCCACAGUGACAGCAAAUCGAACUGCACUGUACAAAGACUUUCACACAGUUUUGUUAUAUUGA